CGUCGGAUGACGUCACUGGAAUUUCAAGAUGGCUUCGGAUCGCGGUCAGGAUACGGUCAUCUACCGGUCUGAGACAGGGAAGCUUUGAUGUUUCAGCGGGCAUGUCAAUUGACUCACGGUAUUUGGGUACUAUUAAUAUUUAUCCUGUUAAUAUGGUGGAGGACAGUGUGAAUAGGCGUCAUGGUGAAAGAAGUGCGGAGUACAACACUGAACUAUAGCGCUUCGGCUGUCAAUCCACAAGAGGAUUUUGAACGAGAUGGAAAAGACUGAGGAUGAACCUGUACAGAUAUAUUUCCUUUAUAUGAGAGCUAACUGAGAUACGAACAUUCCUAACUGGAUGGUUUAAAAGAGGACUACAGUAGAGGUCAUUUGUGCUGCUAUCAGGAAUUGGGCUGCGGCCGAUGGGUUAUCCACCCAGAGGGGUCCAAAAGAGCAGUGUCAUCUCUGAGCAUUGUGGGCAUUCUGUAGAUUCACCUGUGAAGCUGAUGGUGGAGACAUCUUCCUCUGGUGGCAGGGGUGCUGAGGAAGGCAGACCACCUCCACGCAUCGCAGAUGUUAUAGACAGGCAAGAGAACAUAAUGCAAGGCAUGUUCUCCCAUACUGGAACAACGCAGGGAGAGAAAGGCCAAUUGCAGAGCAGCCAGGACCACGAGGCGCCAGAGUCAUGUGAUAAAGUACAGCAUCAGACCAGUAACCAGCCAUGUGGCACUAAGCUCCCUAAUGGACAUGCAGGCCACGGUACACAUGAAGUGAGUAAGCAGGAUCCUGCAGGAAGCUACUUGAAUUCAGAAGAUAGCUGUGUGAUUGCAAAUGGAGAACUGUUGGCAGACUCCAGAGGUGGUGCUUUGGAUGCCAUUGCUUCUGCGCCUCCACCUCAAGAUGCAGCUGAAGACAGAACUACCAGCUCGGAAGACUGUUCAAACGCCCAAAAUUCAGCGUUUAACGACACCAGAAGUUGUUCUGAAGGUGACCCGUCAACUCCGAAACACUCUCUCAGGACGUUUUCCUCCAGCACUUUCCUCAACACUGACUCUGCUCCUCUCAGUCCGGACGAUGACGAGACCUUUUCUACGUCAGAUAGACCUGAUGACUUGAGCUUCACAGACGUGAGUCUGAAACCCAGGAACACUUAUGAGAUCAGUCGGCGUCAGAGCGCCCCAGACAACAUCCCUGGUGUGUUGAGUGUUGCUGUCGCAGAUCUGACUCUCAGCCAGAGGAAACAAGGCAUCUCUGAGAUCUUCAGCAGAAGCCUGUUCUCCAGAAAGCAGAGGGAGGCCCAGAGUGCACCAGGAUGGAAACUCUUUGGAAAGGUCCCGCUGAGAGAGAGUCCUCCCAAAGACUGCAAAACCAUUCAGCAGGAAGGUAACCCAGGCAAUCUCACAUCUGUAUCUACACCCAAUCUCUUAAGUUCAGGGGAGUACGAGGCCAAGGUGUCUAAACCGGGCCAGAGUCCCUCCCUGCCCACUCAGAGCCGACGGAAGAACCUGGAAUUCGAACCGUUGUCCACCACAGCGCUCAUAUUAGAGGACCGUCCCGCGAACCUCCCUGCUAAGUCAGAGGAGGAAGCGCAGCGCCACCGUCAGGAGUAUGAUGAAAUGGUGGCAGAGGCCAAGAAGAGAGAGCUGAAGGAGGCGCAGAAGAAGAAAAAGCAGAUGAAGGAAAGAUUUAAACAGGAGGAAAGCAUCGUUAAUGCCAUGGUGGUUUGGAACAACGAAAUCCUUCCCAACUGGGAGAGCAUGCGUGGCACGCGGCGUGUGAGGGAUCUGUGGUGGCAGGGUCUUCCGCCCAACGUGAGGGGGAAAGUCUGGAGUCUGGCCAUUGGGAAUGAGCUGAACAUAACCUCAGAUUUGUACGAUAUCUUUCUCUCGCGGGCCAAGGAGCGCUGGAAGAGCUUCAGAGAGACCGGCAGUGAGAUGGAGUCAGAUGCAGACAGUGCCGACCGUGAGUCCAGUCUGGAUCUGAUCAAACUGGACAUCUCACGCACAUUUCCACCGCUCUUCAUCUUCCAGAAGGGUGGGCCGUACCAUGAUCUCCUGCACAGCGUUCUGGGUGCUUACACCUGUUACAGACCUGACGUGGGAUAUGUUCAGGGAAUGUCCUUCAUAGCUGCUGUGUUGAUUCUCAACCUGGAGGAGGCCGACGCUUUCAUCGCCUUCGCCAACCUCCUCAACAAACCCUGUCAGAUGGCUUUCUUCAGAGUGGACCACGAGCUGAUGCUGAAGUACUUUGCAGCAUUUGAGGUGUUUUUUGAGGAAAACCUCCCGAGACUUUUUAAUCACUUCAAAAGUUACAACCUCACGCCUGACCUGUAUCUCAUAGACUGGAUCUUCACCCUCUACACUAAGUCCCUGCCGUUGGAUGUAGCGUCUCGGGUGUGGGACGUGUUCUGCAGAGACGGGGAGGAGUUCCUUUUCCGCACGGGGCUUGGGAUUCUGCGGCUCUACGAGGAAGUGCUCCUGCAGAUGGACUUCAUCCACAUCGCUCAGUUCCUGACCAGACUCCCGGAGGACACGCCGUCUGAACGCCUUUUCAGCUGCAUCGCCAACACUCAGAUGAUCAGCAGCAACAGGAAGUGGACACAGGUGUUUAAUGCCCUCAUAAAGGAUAAAGAAAUGGAAAAAAGCAGCAGUCCUACAGUGAAAAACUCUUGAACUCUCACCAUUUUUAUAUUUCUAGUUGACUUUAACUCUCGAUUAGAAGAGAGGAUUGUAUAAAACGGGCUCAAAGAAAUGAAAUGAAGAAAAAGCUAAACUUGAUUCCUUUGUAACCAUGCCAGUAUUACUGAAGUUACACAUUUGUAUGAGUUAAAAAUAUAAGCCUUUUAUGAGAAAAUAUUCCACCAGCUUAGUCAUGUACUGUACCAGAUACCAGCAUCAGGCUUUUUCUUAAUAUUCCUCCUUUUGGAGAGAACUGGUGCAUUUGAAGUGUGCUGACAUACGUACCAUUAAAUCAUUUUGUAUGCUGAAACAUAUUCAUUCAGAGCCUGUUUAAUGCACUUGAGAUUUUAAUAAUAGAAUAGAGAGGUUCUGAGAUUUAAAAAAAAAAGUGAUUUUUUUUUUUUUUUUUUUAACCGGUUUUGUUUUGUAGAACAAGACCUUAAUGAAGUGCAAUAGAAUAUGUCAGAUGCAGUUAAUAAUGCAGGAAUAAUGCAUAUAGUGUGUUGAAAUAUUUGAAAGCAUUUUACUGCUUCUUGCCGAAGAAUUAUUGCAUUUUUCGUAGUCCUAUUGUGCUACUUUAAAUUCUUCUUUUAAAACACUAAUAUGUAGCCUAGGGCUGCAAAACGAUUAAUUGCGUUGAUUAAUUGAUUAAUCGCAUUCAAAAUAAAAGUUUAUGUUUACAUACUAUAUGUGUGUGUGUACUGUGUAUAUUUAUUAUGUGUAUAUAUAUAUAUAUAUACAUACAUACAAUUUAUGUAAUUUAUAUACAAUUUAUAUUAUAUUAUAUAUAUAUAUAUAUAUAUAUAUAUAAUGAAUAUUAUAUAUAAAUAUUAACAUAUUUUUCCCUUAAUAUAUACAUGUAUGUGUGUUUAUUUAUAUAUACAUAAUAAAUAUACACAGUGCAAACAUAUAUAGUGUGUAAACAUAAACUUGAAUGCGAUUAUUCGUUUUGCAGCCCUAAUGUAGCCUAAUUUUUAAUCUAAAUGUUAUUAAUGUUAGUAAGACAGUAUGUGAAGAAUGCAUUCAGAGAUUUGUGUACUUAAGGUACUGUACAUCUUUUAAAAUGAACUGACAUUUGCCAGUUAAAGAAUAAGAAUGUGGUGUGUAAUAAUAAAAUGUGUAAUUUUUGUCUGUUUGAUUUCCGCUCAAUUAUUUGACCAAAUGCAUUGUUUGUCAUGGAUUUGAACCCAAUAUGUGCAAAUAUUGGGUCUCAAAACAUUUUUCGAUUUUAAUGUUGUAUCUUGAUGAAAAAUGUAAAUUGUGUCAUUAAUUCUUGGUUUGUUUUCUACACACUCCUGGUUUUAUUAUACAGUUUUCAUACUUCAGUGAAGAUAAAUUGUAAAUAGGUGACAUGUUUGACACCACAAAAUUCAAAUGUGUAAAUAAAUCUUAAACUAC